AUGAAGCGGCGGGAGAGCCCCGUCAUUGACGUCAAGGACACGCAGCCUUACUGGGCCACGGUCACCACUCCCGCGACGGGCUCCAAGAACGAUGCUAACGACCCGGCGGCGUCGUCCACGAUCCGCUACCUCAUGCUGGAGGACACCGAGACGGGCGACAUCGUCUGUCCGCUCGUCUACCUCCGCGAGGUGUUCGGCCUCAACUACAGUCGCAAGACGAGCAACGACAGGACCCGGGUGAUACACGAGGUGCCGGACGGCCUGGUCCGCGCUCCGGCGAUGACCGCGCAGAACCUAAUCCAGCAGCAGCUCAUGCGCGCGCGGCAGCAGCAGGUCACGGGCAGGCCCGCGCAACCCCCAGCGGAACCCGUGCCGUGCUGGAAGCUCCCGUUCGAGAGCUCGACCGACGUCAAGCUGCAGAUCCGCGAGCUGCUCGGCGACGAGGGCUUCAGCAAAGGCCACGUCCGCCUCGUGUCCCUGCCCCUCGCGUUCAACGUCCUCUCGGAGAAGGACGAGUUCAGGGACACGGCGCUGUUCCGCGCGGUGCACCACGUGCUGAAGAACACCAGCUACAAAUGCCUUCUCCGACGACGACGACCCGCGCCGACGCCCGAUCUCGACGAGAACGGCGCGAGCGGCGGCAGGGAGGGCGCCUCGGGCGUCGCGGCGGCCGUCUCGAACGGGGCGGCGGCGACAACGACGACGGGGGACGACUUCGUUCUCGUCGACUGCGUCCCGCCGCAUCGCGCGGGCGUCACCGUCGCGGUCGAGCCGGCGAAACUGCCGAGGGAUCGGGGCAGCGGUGUCUCGCUCAGCGCUCGGAAUCGAUCGGGCGGAGACGCGUGCGCGGCGAGCGAUCGCCGCGCCGCGCUGAGGGGCCCGUGGGACAUGCAGAAGAGCUUCGAUAAGUACGUCGACUACGUCUCCCCGGACUGCAUGGCGAAGAGCGGCGGGCGGAGUGGAAGCUCGAGGGGCACCGCCGGAGAUAACGGCGAGGGCCUCCGCGGUAACUCGUUCACCGGGCCGUCGAGGUCGUUGGAGCCCUCGGCGGCGGGCAUGAUCUUGGGUUUAGGGGAGCGCGUGAUGGGGCAUAAUGGGGGCCCGAACGAGGCGAUGCGCAUGGUCAUCGACCCCAACGACGGGCGGUUCAGCAAGAUGCGGCGCGUGAGCAACACGUCGACUCCGCCCGGGGGGAGCGAGGGGGGUUGGAUCGGCAGCGACGGGCAGAUUGUCGACCCGAGGGAGAUCGUCUCGCGGCAGGGCGAGGAGAUCCACCGGCUCAAGCAGAGCAACGAGUGGCUCCAGCACGAGCUCGCCUCGGUAAAGAACGCGCUCAACGAGCUCAUCGGCGCCAUGACGGAGAAGGAGAGGAUGGACGUUCAACAGCGAAGGAAGGCGCUGGCGGGGGGAUCGUCCAACGGGGGCGACCGCGCUAACUCGUCCGCGCUGGACGCGUCCAGGAGCACGGGGACGGAUCUGCCGGUCGACGCCAACGGUUUCUACGCGGGGAACACCUCGAUGGCGGCGUCGAUGCUCGGAACGAUCGAGAGCGUGCAGGCGGCGGUGGUGGCGGCAUCGGUGGGGGCCUCGGCGGGGCACCUCGACGCGCACCACGGGUUACACGCGAAGCCCCCGCCGGGGUUGCUCCAGCCGGGCUGGGGUACGUUCGGUUCGAUGCCCGGGCCGAUGUCCGUACCCAUGCGCACGGGAAGCGGCGACCACUUCCUGCACGGGACUUCGGAUACCCUCGGGGACAUGAACCUCGAGGGAGGAGCCGACGGAUACAUGCACCAUUAGACGACGAGAGGAGGGACUGAUUCUUAUUCACCUUCGCUUGGAUUCGCGGAGGGAGGGGCGGGCGAGGAGACGCCGCCGCCGAGCCCGCGCUCAUUCUUCAGCCUAUUUAUUGCGCACCGCGCGUGUGUUGUGUUGUGUUUUGCAGAUAUAUUUAAGAUCUUAAGCAUGUCUGUCG